AGCCAGACGAAUCAAAGCUCCGACCCGCCCCGACAAAUGGCAUCUAAGCUGGUUCUCCUCGUGGCCGCGCUGGCGUGCGUGCUCGGCGUCGCCGAGGCGAAGCUCGGCAGGCUCAUCGUCAGCGGCGUCGUGCCGUGCAAGACCGGCAGCCUCAUCGACAUCGCCACCUCCCCCGUGUUCCCAAACGCGGAGGUGGAGCUGCGGUGCGCGGGGCAGGUGGUGGCGGGGGCGACGACCAACACCAACGGGUCCUUCACGAUGGAGGCGGACCUGACGAGCGCGCUGGCGGCGUUCAUCGGCCGGUGCUCGCUGGUGGUGGACACGCCGCUCAUCAAGUGCGACGCGCAGCUGCCGCCGGCGGGGAAGCUCGUGUCCUACCUGCGGGGUCCGCUCACCAGGCUGCUCGGUGGCAUCUUCCACCUCUUACCCGCCGGCUUCUCCUUCCACAGCCGAUGAACGAAAUUUGUUCGUUGCGCAUCUCAGCAUGCAGAGAUGAGAGAUCUGGUUAACUACCUCUUCUCUUUGUCUACCUUUAGUUCGCGCGGAAAUGAAAUGUAUGGAAGUUGCAGGAGCUGCAAGCGCUUGUAACUGUUGAAGUGGUUGUAACUUGUAAGCUCGCUAAGUUGAACAACUGGAUGGAUAAUCAUA